AUGGCGGAAAGUGGUGAGAAUAGUUCUACGGCAGAUACUUUAAAUGUUCCUACCGUUCCUACUAAUAUUGAAGAAAGAGUAAGAUCAUACGAGGCGCAAAGAACAAAAUCAAGGAUCAAUAUAUUUGAACAAUUCGGUGCUUGGAGGCAAAUACGAGAUGAACUGAAGAUACAAACCGACAAACAACUUGCAAAGUUUUUUAUUGAAAACCAUUUAUCCAGACAAAAUGUUUUUCUAUGGUAAGAGGAGAAAUGUUUCCAAACUUUUUUUAAUAUUGUCAUUAUAUACAUAGUGUUUCUUUCAUUUUAACAGCGAUGUAGAAACACAAACAGAGUCAACAGACCAAGCAGAUGAGACCGAUGAAGAGAUCCUUCGAAACACAUCCAGCUUGAGUUUGAAAAUGCCUUUUGUCCCAGAUAUUUCAAUAGACACUUCCUUAGAGCCGAUCACAAACAGACAGCCUUGUAAGUGGGUUUCUAUAUCGCUGAUUUUUAUAUCGUUUAUAUUUAUAUUAAACUCACGAUUGUGUUUUUUUUAUUAAACUAGCGUUUUUCCCCCCUGAUUUUAUACUGUAGUGAUGAUGUCCACUCCUAUAAAGGCAGUGUCAGGAGACAAAUUUGGUUCUGGACAUGAACUAUUAUUUGAUGCUGAAAAUGAACCUUGUAUUAAAAGGCAGCGGCUUUCAGACUCCACUAUAACUGCACCCAGUCAGUCAAGGUAUGAACUAUGAGAUACAAUUGUGUUCACCCUGUACUAUUAAUAGCAAAAAUGGAACCCAUCUGUUAAAGAGCUCUUGAGAAAUUGAGUAUAAGGGGUUUGCCCUUGAUUUCUUUUAAAAGGAAUGCUCUACUAGGCUGUACUUAUUAACCAUUUUCUGUACCUCAUUCAGUAUAUAAAAUGUCAUACAAAUUCUAUUUAUGUCAUGCAUGUAGAUUACAGGACAUUGAAGAUGAAGCCACUCUAACUGCCGAAAGUGAAUCGGAUUCAGAUGAUGAGAUAUUCAUGGAUGAUCAUGAUGCACACAUUACAUCUUUGACUGGUCACAAUAGUAUGCAAGAUUUCUUGUCCAUGUAGGUAUUUUUAAACUGACCAACUGUGUAUUAACCCAUCAAGCUACAUAUAGCUUUCCCACUGACAAGUAAAAUCAUCUGGCGCUAGACAAGUAAAAAAGAAUAAGUAGGGUGCAUUGCGGCUCAAUGGGUUAACUAGAGACAUUUGGGUUAACUAAAGAUCUCAAUGGGUUAACUAGAGAUUUUUUGGCUAACCCGCUGACGAGUGAAAUUGUCUGGUGUUAGACAAGUAAAAAAAGAUUGGCUCUCUGGGACGCAUUGCGGCUUAAUUUGUUAAUAUGCCAAUUUAUCGUAUAAUUUUUGCAUGCAUGCCAUUAUUGCAUUACUGUACUACUACGUAGUACUGUCUCCUUGAGAGGUAAGAGUAAAAUACUUACUGUAAGUAGGGCACGUUGUCAUGUUAUAUUUUAUAGUAAACCUCGGCAUCAUCAGUCUAUUUGGCCAUAUUUUUGCUCAACAUCUGAAUUAAGUACAUACAGUUUGAUACCAACAAUUUUAACCCCUAAGCAGUAUGUAUCACACACCGUAGUCUAACCAAUAAGCUGCAUUAGAGUAACAAUACUUUGACUGUUUAAUUUUAUUCUAAUCACCAGUUGAGUUACCUGGGUAUCAAAUGGUGAACACUGGGGGGAAAGGAGUUGCUUCAUCUGAAAGAAAAAUAUUCAUUUGCUGUUUUUAGACCAAGAAAUGUUGACGAUUUAUACAAGACAUACCCCGAAGACGAAGUGUUUGACACUCAAAUAGAUGGGGAUGAAGAUUCUGAAGACCCAGAACUAACAUUGCUUGCAGAUAAAGAUCCUGAAAUUGAUUCAGAACCACCUGCGACCACUUUAAAAUCCAUUCCAUUAGAGCUUAUACAGAUGGAGAAAUGUAUUGUAUUCACAAACAAGAUACAAGAACUGUUGCAAACAAUACAUGGUGUCUCUUGUUCAAAAAGUGGUUGUCCAAAGCAAUGGAUCUACACCAAGGUGUAUGUUGGAAGCUGUUUGGUUAUCAGUUGGAAAUGUUCUUCUGGACAUUUUGGUGGGAGCUGGUCCUCACAGCCAAUGUUUAAUAGAGCAAGAGCUGGAAAUUUGUUGCUUUCCUCCUGUCUUCUGUUGACAGGAAAUUCCUUCGCAAAAAUUGCAUUGUUUUUUAAAUUUCUCAAUCUCAGGUUCAUUUCAAAGAGCUUAUUUUACCAGCAUCAAGGACUUUAUAUUGCACCUACUGUUCAGAGCUAUUGGGAAACAAUGAAAGAAAGCCUAUGGGAGGAGAGAAGUGGCAAAGAAGUCCUUCUAAGUGGUGAUGCAAGAAAUGACUCACCAGGCCAUUGUGCCCAAUAUUGUACAUACACAUUAGCGGACAUGGACGAUAAGGUGAUUUUACAGCAAAAUGUGCUUGACGUUCGGGAAGUGGAAGGACGGAAAAGUACGAAUAUGGAACGGUUAGGAUUUGAACGGGGUAUGGAUGUGUUGAUGAGUACAAAUAUUGACAUAAAGGAAGUCAUCACUGAUGCCCAUACUGGAAUUGGUGGUUUGAUGAGUAAGUUAUUAAUUUUUCAUGUACAAAAUGUAAUUUAGUAUAUAAUUAUAUAAUUCAUGAUGCAAAAAGGUGCAAACAAAUGUGACAUGGCAGCUGUAAGUUUUUUGUAACCAAUUUCAAAAGCAAUAGACAUUUUGUUGUCAUAAAUAGUACAAUUAGUGUGCAUGUGCAUGGUAGCUAGGCUGAACUUACUUGUACAGUGUAUAUUGCAGCUUGCUUGUAAAAGAGUCUGUCAUUGUCUCAAUAACCUACUGUAUAGUAAUUGUCUGGACAUUUGCGUAAUUACAUGUAAUGCUUAAAAAUCAUACAAAUAAUUUGAGUAGUAAUCAUAGGUAGUCUAGGUUUAGUAUAUAGAUAUGUGCUGGAUACUUUUUUGUCGGAUACGAUAUAGUACUGGAUACUAUUCUACUUGAUACAGGUUAGGGGAAAAUAUAACCAGAUACCGGACAAUACCCGAAUUCUAAUGGUAGUACUUGGACAAUACUUCACUAUUUUGCCCCAUAAUACAGCUGUCCAAUGUUUAAAUUAUGUGCCUAAUUAACUAAUAUCUGAGAGCAGUUUACAUCUCGAAAACAGUUCCUGCAUUUCAUGUAUCCAGUAAUUGUCCCUGAUUCAUAAUUUCUUGACACACAAAAAAGCACAAAAUUUUUUUUAUUGGUUUCAUGGUUGUAAUAAAAGUUCCAGUGGCUGGGCUUUAAUUUUCAUUUUUAAAUUACGCUUUCUACCCGGUGUAUCAAUCGCUGCUGUUUUAAAAGUUCCAGUAUUUAAAUAUAUUUGAAGCGAAACCAGGAUUAUUCAUAAUAAGUUUUUAGACGUUCUUUGGUUUUUAAAUAUUUAUUAUUACGAGCUUUCGACUGCCAGUCUGCAAUCUUCAACGGAUGGAUUACAAUGAGAGUGUGACAAUUACAACGGUUUACAAUUACAUAUAGAUACAAAAUGAUAGAAAUAUGACAGUUACGCCUACAUACAUUAUCCAGCCAAAUUUUGCAAGACACCAUAUACUGUACUGCCGGACGUCUUUUUUUUUACCGGAUACCAAUCAUCCAUAUCCGGCACAUCGUGCUAAUUUAUAUGGUUACUAUGGUACUGCCAAUAAAUAGAUUGACAAAACUAUAUUCCAUUGUUUAAUUCUGUCUGAUGAUGACUUUGAAAUAAAGUCGAAAAUUUACAGUCUCAUACACACUUCUUGCUCUAAUUCAAUAUAUCUUGAAUUUGAAGAUGACCUUAUUUUUCGGAAUUUGUUUCUUUUUGUAUUUUCCAUGAUUGUUUCUUGUUGACCCAUUAGUUGCCAAUAAGACUAUAUGUGCCCUACUUUAGUAUUUUACAUACUGUAUCUAAUACCUGACAAUUUUACUAGUCAGUGGUAUGGUGUUCAUAGUAAAUGGUUUAACAGCAUUAUAAUACUGUAUAUCAUAUUUUGUAUAUUAAACAGGUCACUCUGACAAAUAUAAAGAAAUUGUUCAUCAAAGAGAUGUUUGGCAUGGGGGGAAGUCUGUUGGAAAGAAAUUGACUAAUGUAGGUUAUUUAUUAUAACUUCCAUUUUAUCUGGUUUUACUUUCUUCUUGAAUAAUUUUCUGGCUGGUUCAAAAAUGGGAAAUGAUUUUAACUCAUUGAAAAAAUAUGAUUUAAGUCUGACAUGUAUGACAUGUAUUGCACAGUGGGUGUCAUAUGUGUUAAAGGGAUAUAUCAGGAAACAUUUGGCAGACUGUUUGUUUGUUUGGUAACUCAUUAACACACAAGGCCUUCCUAAACUUGUAUGGUGUUAGAUAAAGUAAAAUGCUUUUCUUUGCCAUGCUUUAGCAUUUUAUUCUAAUGUCAUACAUUUUACUUGUCAACGAAAAGGUUUUGUUUGUUAAUAAUCGGUAAACGUUUUUUAAACAGACAUAAUGGUUUAAUUAUAUCAGGUAGAAACAGUACAACAAAGUCGGCUCCUGUUCCUGCACUUAUAGUACAAACACGAGGUACAGUAGGUACUGGUACGGUCAUUAGUCUAAUUAAGUUAUCUCUAUAUUUUUUUGUAGACAGCAUGUGAAAAGGGGAAUGAGGACAUUUUGCCAUGGGUGACUGCUAUAAAAAACCACUUUUGGUUUUGUAGUAGAAACUGUGGUGGAAAUGUUGAUGACUUCAAGGUACUGUACAUGCCAGUACAGCAUUUUGUUUUUAUUACUUUUAGAUAAUCUACAUGUAUUAUUGCAAAUCAAGUGUUCUUUUAGGAUUUGUGGUUAGCAUUAUUACAUCAUGUGGUAGAUGAACACAGUUGGGUCUUAAAUGAUGGGAAGUCUUCUGGGAAAUGUGGCCAUGGUCCUCUCACAGAUGAUGAUAGGCAAAAGCCUUGGUUAUUAAAAAAUAGCAAGGCACACAAGGCGUUGCAGAAAAUUGUCCUCAGCAAGAGAUUUCUAAAUACAUUUCGAUAUUAUACAAGGUUUCGGUAAGAAAAAAGUGUUUUAAUAGGUUUUAUUUAAAUUGUAAUAAAAGCAAAUCUCUUUACAAUGUAAAUGAUUAUUUUUUUCUAUUUCAGGCACACAGGCUUCCUUGAAUCCUAUCACAAUCAUUUACUGAUGUAUUGCCCAAAACGUCAGUCCUAUUCGUAAGUACAUUUUAAGCAGCUAUAUAGUUAACGGAAUACUCUUAUCAUCUGCGUACUUAAUUUUUUGCUUAAAGUGCCUAUGACAUGAAAUUUAUUAUUUUCUUAAAUGAAAGAACUCUUUAAGCUGUAGUGUAACUUAUAUUUCAGUUUAUUGUUUUUAUGGUUUGUUCCGGAGAUAUUUCAAUUUGUUUGACAUGUAAAUGAGUGUGAAUAUGUCCGCUAAUUUAUGACGUCACGUUGGUUGCAAGCUCCUCAAAAUGGUUGAAUAUCACUGCUAUCAUCCAAGAUGAUAACUUCAAACUUCCCUCACUGGUAAAUGUGAUGAAACACUGGAUAAAAACGUGAACUGAUAUUUUCAGUUUUUAGAGUUAAUAGAUUUAUAGCCAGUGUAAGUUGAGCUUGCAACCAACGUGACGUCAUAAAUUAGCGGACAUAUGUAAAUGGUUACAUAUCAAACAAAUUGAAAUAUCUCGGGAACAAACCAAAAAAACAAGAAACUGAAAUAUAAGUUACACUACAGCUUAAAGAGUUCUUUCAUUUAAGAAAAUAAUAAAUUUCAUGUCAUAGGCACUUUAAGCCGGUUUUCAUUAGGCGGAAUUUUCAGUGCGGAGUGGAAUUUUUCUUUAUCUUUUCUAAUUAGUUCCACCUGAGAAAUCAAAAAUCAAAGAAAAUUUCCGCUCCGCGCGCAAAAUUCCGCCUAGUGGAAAACCGGCUUUAUACCAUUUUAUCUGUCCAAGCCCAAGUUAUUCAAAACUGUAAUUUAGUUAGAAUAUGUGCAAGUCUAGCACGACUGGGCAUGAUUGGACUGAUAUGAUCACUGAUCAGAUAGAAAUAAGAAAUGUUAGAGUCGAUCGUAGCCUGUGUCUCGAAUUGUGUUCCUUGAUAUAUAACACUAAUACUAGUUUCGUGUUACUGAAGGAAUCCCUUUCAGAAACCUGUACUUGAUGUAAUUCAUUAUAAAGUUAGGUACCCCUUACCAAACUGACAUAUAUGUAAAAUGUCUGCAAGUAUCUGUCACAUAUCUGUUGCAGUACUGCAGCAUAACUGCAACAAGGUCUACAAUAUCUGCAAAAUAUCUGCAUAAAAGUUGCAGAUAUUUUGCAGAUAUGUUGAGUAUCUGUCAACAUAUCUGCAAAAUAUCUGCAUAAAAGUUGCAGAUAUUUGCAGAUAUGUCCAUUGUCUGUCAAAAUAUCUGCAAACUAUCUGCAUAAAUGUUGCAGAUAUUUGCAGAUAUGGUAAUUGUCUGUCAAAAUAUCUGCAAACUAUCUGCAUAAAAGUUGCAGAUAUUUGCAGAUAUGUCAGUUGUCUGUCAAAAUAUCUGCAAAAUAUCUGCAUAAAAAUUGCAGAUAUAUAUAGAUAUGCCAAUUGUCUGUCAAUAUACAGUAUCUCGACUACACAGCAAAAAAAUAAUUUCUUAUUGAGAAAACAAUUCUUACUUCAAGAAAAUAUUUGUUGAAAUGAGAAACUAAUUUUCUUAAUUAGAAAAAUGAUUCUUAAAAUUAGAAGUAUUUGAUUUGCAAGACAUUUUUUGAAAUAAGAAAAAUUCUCUUAACAUAUCUUAAAUUACAUUUGUUUUCUUGAAAUAUGAAUGUUUUCUUACGAUUUCAUCAUCUUCAUAUCAAAUCAUUUUCUUAAGAUAAUUUUUAAAACAUGAAAUCAAAUUCUUAACAUAAGAAAUAAUGGUUAAUAACAAAUUAUUUCUUACUUAAAUUUUCUCGAAGAAUGAAUAUAAAUUUGUUAAAAUUUAAAUAUAACAUCUUUUGCAAUUUUUGCAUUUUUUUCCCAAAAUGAUAUAUUUUUCCUCAAUAUUCUUUUAACAAGAUGUCAAAUGUCAUCCUGGAUUUAGAUUCUAUAUGGGUUAGUAUAUUCACGUAAUUAGCCUUUUCUCAGUGCAUAUUCUGGGGUCAUUUGGAGGGACAAAAUAUAUGGAGACAGGCAUCAAAUAUGUGAAAGAGUAGAAGUAUCUACUAUAAAAUAUCAACUUUUUACAUGACCAAAAAUGAGAUAUCUCCUUUUUACAUUAAACUUUAAUUUAAAUGUGUGCUGUCUUUUUUUGUCCCUCCAACAAGGGAUUCUUGCGACUAGACCCAGGACUUUGGGAAAUAGCUAAUUAAAUAUACAAAUUCUCUUCUAUCAUAUUUAUCUUUGUUAAUUAAUUUGUUAUUAAAGUAAAAUUGGGACAAAAAUAUUGUGUUUUAUUUAUAUUAAAAUGCUACAUUUGCCCCCUUUAGAAAAGGAGACCUUGCCCCACCCCCUUUCCAUCAUUCCUGAUACCAUAUAACUACAUUCUAAUUUAAUUUCUAAAGUUGAUUUCUUUCCAUGUUUUAUUGAAUCAUUGUAGAGAAUUUUCAUUUUCCGAGAAUUUAUUAUCAAUAAAUUAAUUAACAGUCAGUAACUGAUUGAAAACAUUUGUAAAUAUUCCUUAUAUUCGUAGAGAAACUAUAUUUAAUCACAGUUAAUAUUAACUGUGAUUUAAUACAUGACAACUGAAGCAAUAGUUCGCGCAUUGCCUGGAGGCCUGGUGCCUAGUUUAAGUGUCGGAGCGCAAAGUGUCAUGGGAUAGCGUCGUUUCGAAUUUUUGUGCUAAAAAUUUGAAAGCACAUUUACAUGUCUUACAUGGUGAAGAAACUUAUCGAAAUUUCAAACCCAAAUGAUGGAAAAGGCAUGGAAAAGUUCGUAAAAUGUUAUUCAGAUCUCACAGGUAAGAAUAGUUAUAUUUUGACUUGUUAUUUAAGCGCUUUAAUUGCGAAAGAAUGUAGUGAAAAUAUGAUUGUUACUUGAGCCAUGUGUCUGAAAUUCUGUUAAAUAUAAUUUUGAAUUUGCCGCGUUCAAUUUGCAUAAGAAACAUACGAAAUGUUGGUUUCUGGCAAGGAAAGAAAGAAUAUAAUAUCAAUUCGAAUCUAUUAUAGUAAAUUCUGUAGUAAAUUGUGCACUAAUGCACUAUUAAUAUCAACAAUUUAGCAAUAAUUGUCACAUAAUUAUUUGGCACUUUUCUAGACCUUGUCAAGGGUGUAUAAAUUAAUAAUAAAACGAUAUAAAAUAAUAUAUUAAACAUACUUGUGCUUUUAACAAUAUGAAAUAAUAUAUUAAACAUUUGAAUGCUGUUAAAGAUAUGUUAGCAUUUUACAGUAAUACAUGAAUAAGGAUUGUAAUUACAGAAGAAUUACAGCAUUGAAUGUGAUCUAUCAGUGUAUUACUGUAUUGAUCCUUAACCCAUUAUGCUGCAACUAUGUUGCUUAAGACAAUUUUACUCGUCAAAGGGAGAGUCUUGCAAGCUCUUUAUUAACGAGCUUCAGUUGUAUAAAAUGAUUUGUUUGUAAAAGCUGGAAGAUGUACGGGCACUGAGACAAUGCCUCAAAUGUUCUCUUUAUAUACUUUCAGAUUAAUAUUGGAACUAGAUUAUAGCCCGGUGUGCUCCAAAUAUUGUUCUCAAGUCUCGACAAUCAGAUCUGGAUUGAGUUGGCAAACUGGUGUUGUAAGGUAAGAAUUAACAAGAAUAAAUAGUCUGCUUUUAGUGCUUUCUAUGAAAGAAAUGACAAACUGGCCCAGCUAAGGUGGCCAGCUAGGCCAGAUCAGUCUCAAUCUUAUAAACAGCCCCUACAAAAAUUUAGUAACUAGUAACAACAUAAUUACACAUGAAUCCUAAGUUUACCUCCAAAUGCAGCCAUUUUAAGGCCUGUUAACAUUGACACUGUGCUCAAUUUUGGUACACGUAACAUGUUUACCAUGCUUGGACUACCUAUUCAUACUGGCCGAGCACAGAUAAAGUUGGUACAGGUACCAGUUUGAUCUGUGCCAUACCAAAAAUUGAGCAUAGUGUGUAGAGCUUUUAAGUAGUUUAGUGCUUUAAUAAUCUAAAUUAUGCCAGAAGUAUAUUAGUUUUAAGGGUCAGUGUGCAAUAGCCAAUUUUCUGUCAUGAAUGAGUCAUUACAGUAUGGUACAUGUAGAGCUGUCCAUAGGCCUGCAAUAAUGCAGGGGCAGGGCUGUGGCUGGACCCAUUGACCUGCAAUUUGUCCUAAUGUGCUCUGUCUUGUUAAUUUUACCUAUUUUUCCAUGCUAAGUCCAAAAAAAGAAAUGCCUGGGUUUAUAUUUCUCAUAUGCAAAAAAUUUAGACAGGGUAGGUAGGGUUUUUUUCUUAUUUUUUAUUAUAAAUGUUCAUGCAUGAGAAUGAUAUUCUACAUCAAUUACGGCAGCACAGAUGACACAAACAUUCAUUAAAUAUUACAUCAACUUUGAUUUUGAAACAAACAGGUUAUACUUUCUUUGUAGGUUUCCAUGGCGAUAAAACAUAUAAUACUUUUGUUUGUGGAAACACAACUACAUGGUGUUUCCACAAACAAAAGUAUUAUAUGGCUAGUACAAAACUAACGCCACAAACUGGGUAUGAAAAAUUGUUCCGAACUCUUUGCAAACUUCAGAUAAAAAGAUUAGGGUCAGUGAUUUCUUUGACCUAACUCAUUAGUAAGCCCUAAUGUCUCCUAUAAUAUACUUUACAAAAAUAGUAUUAAUAAAUCAAAUGUAACCUAGUAGAUGGUUAAUUAUAAGCCAAUAUAUACCUUGUAACCCAUUAGACAUGGCUACCCUAAGGGCAUCCCCUAUUUGGCCUAACACUAUCUAGAUUAUUCUUCCUGUCAAUGCCAAUUAAAUCUAAAACAUAUUAAAUAAAUCUGAUUUUAUCAAUUCCUAUUUUUUCAGCUUUUGUUCUGGAUGAUACAGUCUAUGGAAAGACAGCUGCUAUGCAGUACACGGUACAGGACAAAUGCUGUGGGGCUUGAACUAAAAGCAAACCAGCUGAGUGAGACUUGACAUUAACAAUUAAUGACUUUUAGGUACUCAUUUAUUUCUGGCCAUGUAUAUAAAUAUAAUUAUAUAAUAUUAGGAAAUUUUAAAUUAGUGUAGGUUAUAGCAAGUGUAAUUACUCUGCCCCAGGAGCCGGUUGUUCAAUGCUGGACUAGCGCUAACCCUGGGUUAAAAUUUAGCCUGUUUAUUUCAAAACUUCAGAGAAGAAAACUCCUAUCGAUCCAGACAAGAUCUCUGAAAAAUCUUUCCAAAUUUAUAGACAAGCUGUCAGGAAGUUUGCUUUGAAUUUUAGGUAAACCUAGGGUUAAGCUAAUCCAGCCUUGGACAACUGGCCCCUGGAGAAAAAUUGAUUGUACAGUCUUAAAUUUAUCUAUAUAUGUAAGCUAUAAUUAUAUAUUUACUGAUAAAUACAUUUACUAUUCUGAUCUAAUAUUUCUUCGUAUUAAAUUAUUUAUGGCUUCAAGUGAACAUGACAGAGGUACAGUUGCAGCAACGUGAUGUUGCAGAAGAGGAAAUAGUUUUAUGCAAGAGAUAAAUCUGACUUGGUGGCAGUUAUGUUUAUACGUAUCUGUUUGGUAGAUAAUAUGCAGAUAAUUUUCUCUGUAUGGAAACUAUACUGUCACAUAACUGUGGCAGAUAUGUUAUUGGGCAAAAUACCUAUAUGUUGCAGAUAUGUGACAGAUAUCUGUCAUAUAACUGUGACAGAUAUGUUAUUGGGCCAAAUUCCUAUAUGUUGCAGAUAUGUGACAGAUAUCUGCCACAUAACUGUGACACAUAUCUGCCACAUAACUGUGACAGAUAUCUGUCACAUAACUGUGACAGAUAUGUUAUGGGGCCAAAUUCCUAUAUGUUGCAGAUAUGUGACAGAUACUUUCGUACAUAUAUUUUGCAGAUAUUUUACAGAACUGUGACAUAUAUCUGUCACAUAUCUGUCAGUCUGGUAAGGGACACCUUGAGGUUUGUACCAGCUCAUGCAAGUACGCGACAAUAAUCAUUGGAGUAUUAUUUUUUGUAUUCUCUAUAUUCCUGAACAGGUUCGUUGGAUACAAAUUACGAAAUCAACUGGCUACCAUCGAUUUUAAUAGUCAUCAAAACAGAGAACCAGCUACAACUGCCGAUGGAAGAGUUCGGUAAGAUGACUAUGAUAUAGGUACAGUAUAUAUACCUGUAUACGGUAUAUAUAUAGAGAGAGUAAUGACUGCUAACCAUAUAUUGAAAUUACAGGGCUUUCAGAAUUAUUUAACUAGGUGAUUAAGAUAAGAAAGUAUCCAGUGGUGAUGUGUAUUUACUGUAGAGUUGUUUGUUAAUGGUGUUGAUAAUGUUCUGAUAUUUGACUAAAAAACCUGGCAGUGAACCUGUACUCGCAAUCACUGGAUCUGACGGUUCCACUUCAGUAUUUAUAUGCAUUGAAAACCGUGUGAGGUAAGUGCUUCUAAGGUCUAUUAAGUUAAUGGAAAACUUUUGACCAUUAUAUUAAUAUAUUAUUUUGCAGUUACCGUGCACAAUACAGUAAACGAACCAAGCAAUGGCGUCCAGUUACCAUUCUCAAGGCAAAAGAAUACAAGUACAUUCCAGAUCUUAUUGCCAAAAUAUUUGAAAUGCAAGUUAAAGUGGGAAAUGUGAAUCAAAAAAUAAAACGAAGUACAGAAGACCCACGUAACAUAUCUCCUAACAUUGCUAUUGUUCCAAGACCAAGUGUGGAAAAUCUGCUGUUGAAGAACAAGUCAAGAUUCACAUAA